AUCGGGAGCAACGUUGUUCAGCCAAGACUUUGAAAACUUUUGUUUUUAAAAGAUUCUGUCCCUUGCCGCUGCCUUAAGGAGUUCUUGACAAAUACCAGUUCUGAUGUACACGAUCUGCCUUAAAUCUGGCUGAGACAUUUUCAAUACUCAGAGAGAGGUAAAAAUCAAAGCAUGUUUCCUAAGUUUGUUGCAUUUUUUUUUAAAAUUUAUUAACAUAGCGUUACAGGGCAAUGCCUCUUUCAUCCCCCCCAUCCCUUGUAUUUUGUCUUUUUGUCUGGGAAUUUUGCCUAGGAGCUAUAUACAGCUUAUGCACUCCCAAGUCUACUUCCAAACAGAAUAGGAUUUUGGGGUAGGGCCUAUAGUCACAGCUAGCACCAGAGAACCAAAGGCGGCGGGACAAAACGAACAAGGAGUGGUAGUUCUUUAACUCAGAAUUUCCUGGUCCUGGUGGGUUUAAGUCAACCAGCUGCUUAUGGUUCCUGUAACAGUGCACAGGAAUUGUUUUUGUAUUUAUUUCUAGUGGCAUUUUGUUUUUAACGUAGAGUUAAAGAGGGAGAAGAUAUUCAGACAGUAGGCCUUAAGGAUUAAAAGAAGCUGGCUUGGCUUUGUUUUGCAAAUCUUCACCAUGACAGGAGGAAAAAAAAAAAAAAGAAGAAAUAGAGACUUGUCUAAUUGAGCAAAGGAAUCCCAGGGUGACCCUAUAGAGAACCUAUUGCUUUUUCCUUUCCUUUCUUUGCCUUUGUUUUCAUUACAGAGGCUUGGGGGCAAAGGAAAAAAAAACAGAUUGGAGCGGGUAGGAUAUGAGGAGGAAAACUAAUAUGAUUAAGGCUGGAUUUGGACACUGAUGGCAAGUUCCUGUAAGUACUGAGCAUUCGUAGUAACAGCUGUUGCACUUCUCAUUAGAGGAGAAGUUGAAGAACUUUUCUUAAAGGAUGUUUCUUUGGCAGGCUGAAGGGGAAACAAUCGCAGUGAGCCUGAAGGAAUACAUGUCCCAAGAAUAUAAUGCCUGAUGUUUUAAUAACACAAGAUGGAAGAUGGAGUGAGCGUCCAGACAGUUCUUGUUGGAUGGGCGUGCACAACCCUGUGCUUGGUUUCAUACACUGCUGCCUUCUCCCACGGUGCGAGCCUUUCUGCCUGUGCUGACAUGACGCCCAAACAUAUCAGAGCGCAGCUUCAGAACCCCAGGAAUAACUACAUCGCCAUCCACACCAACAUGUCUUCCUACUUUCCAGGUGAUAAGGUACCAGUGACAGUGAGGAGCACUCGAGAUUUCAUGGGCUUUUUGCUCCAAGCUCGCAGGGUGUCUAAUGAUCAAAUUGCUGGCACUUUUGUUGUAAUUCCUCCUGGCUCCAAACUGCUGACGUGUUUUGAAGAUGGCGAUACUGUUACCCACUCUGACAAGUCACUGAAGAGAAACUUGUCCUUUGUGUGGAAGGCACCAGACCACCCCAUUGGAGACAUCAAAUUUUUUUUUUCCGUAGUCCAGUCAUAUUUUGUUUACUGGGCAAGGAUUGAAUCCGCUAUUAUUCAUCACCAAAUACAAAAUCAGACAACCUCUAAUAGUAGCAAGGAAGCCAGUAUUAUAACACCAACCCCGCUGCAGAAACCUACUGAUCCACAAAUAGCAGAUACAGAAGAUAAAGGUUCCGCUUCUCUCCAGACUGUCACCAGUUUUACCCUGUAUGCAAAAUUUGUGCCUGGCAGAGUGACUAGGAUGGCAGUGACAAAAAUACUGGAGACUGUUUUUGGAGGCGAACAAGAUGCAGAACUUCUUGGUAAUGACAGGCAACUGUCCGAGCCUCCUAUGGAGUCAGCUGCCUUGAGUGUCAGCCGCAGCCAUGGAGGAAGACAAGCCAACAGAAGCAACACUUUUGAGGUUCAGGGACUGGAACCAUCACUUGAGCUGCAAGAGCUAGACAUGGCAAAUGCCCUGAGAAGUUUCAUUUUACAGGAUUAUACCUCCAGCCACAUCACACAUGAUGGAACGCAAAGCAUCUCAAGUGCAGCUACAGCACAGCCGUGUUUGACAUGUGAAGAAGAUGUACGGGAGAAUGCUGGGAACCUAGCUAUCACACAACCUGUGUUGCAUAUUACAGCUUCCCUCUCUGCUUGGAGUUGGACCACUGACCCCGUGGCAGUCACUGGUAGCAUGUCACAACCUAAAGAUGACUUGGAUGCCUCCAGCAGCUUAUCAUCAGCUUCUAGGCAGAUGAUGGAAAGAAAGUCAGUGGCACAAGAAACUUUAGCAAACUUCUUGCCCCAUUCAGAAGAUGCAGAGUCUAGAGAGGACGACAACAUAGGGGAGAUUGCUAGAAAUCCACUUCCGUUGGUGACAAGGCCAGUACCUAAAGCUGCUGUUCCUGGGAAAGGAGAGCACCCUACCAGAGGGACGCAUCUUGUAGCAGCCCAACUUGGCAUUCUCCUGGGUUGUACAGCUGCCCUUGGCAUGGCCCUUGCUGCUGGGCUGCGUUGCAUCCACUCCCAGUAUUGUCACAAGCGGACGGAAGUGUCCUUCAGUGAACCCGACAACAAUGUCAUCACGGUGAGAGAGAACGGGGAGAUGAUGCACUUCAGGAAGAUACGGGAAAACAGCUUUGUGCUGGUCCAGGCAGAGUACAAUUGGAUCAGCCCAUCUGGCAGUGGGAAAAAAUCUGUCAUCUAAGUACCUACAAAUUAGCAGAGUUAAAGCAGUGCUGUAUAGAUUUGAUAGGGUGGAUGGUAAAAAUUUAAUCAGAAUGCCUACCAUGAUUGCAGGAAGCUGUAGAGUAGCUCCUGAUAUAUAACUAUCCAGGUUAAUAGACUGAGAAAUGAAAAUAUAUGCAUGUUCUGAUCAUAAUGCACAUAUAUCUAACUCAAUUACAGAUGUUAUGAAAAAUAGAUAUUCUAAGUUACAGAUGCUAAGAAAAUAUAAGUAGACGUAUUGUUUAAUGUGCUACACUUAACAUAAUUAAUAUUGCAUACCUGCUCAUUAACUGUGCUAUUGUAGCCAUUACGUUUCCUUUGUUGCCUUAAGGUAUGAUCAGAAAUAGAAAUUCUUCCUCUGCA